AUGAGGCAAUUCACGAAUAGAGAGCUUAUUCGGCCGGCUGCCACUAGAUUUGCCACUGCAUAUUUGACGUUGCAAAGCAUUUAUCAAGUGAGGCAACCAUUGGAAGCUAUGUUCACUUCUGAAAAGUGGACAAACAGUAGUUAUGCAAGCAAAGCUGAUGGGAAGGAAGUUAGAAAAAUAAUUUUGAAGGAUAACAACUUUUGGCCUAGUUCGAUUUAUGCUAUCAAGACUACAAAACCAUUGGUCGAAGUGUUGAGGCUAGUAGAUAGAGACAAAGAGCCUGCUAUGGGUUUUCUUUAUAAUGCUAUGGAUGAGGCUAAAGAAAAGAUAGCAAAAAACUUGGGUGGAGAAGAAAAAGAUUACAAGGAGAUAUGGGAGAUCAUUGAUGCCAAAUGGGAUUUUCAAAUGCACCGACAUUUGCAUGCAGCUGCCUACUAUCUAAAUCCCCGUUGUCACUAUUCUCCUGAUUUUUCUACACAUCCAGAGAUCAAGCUUGGCUUAUUCCAUUGCUUAGACAAGCUCAUACCCAAUAGAGAUGACAUGGACAAAGCCGACCUACAAUGUAGUGCUUUCCACAGUCGAGAAGGAUUUUUUGGCUUGAGUCAAGCUAAGAGCACUGUCCACAAAAGAACUCCUAUUGAAUGGUGGACUCAAUAUGGGGAUGGGACUCCCGAGCUUCAAAAGUUUGCAAUUAAAGUGCUAGGCCUCACUUGUUCUUCAUCUGGAUGCGAGCGCAAUUGGAGUGCAUUCAAUCAAGUGCACACCAAAAGAAGAAAUCGGUUGACCACUACAAGGAUGAAUGCUUUGGUUUAUAUUCUAUACAACAAGAAGUUGAAGGAUAAACACUUGAAGUUGAAAUCCUUGGCAAAUGGGGAAGAUAGUUUGUUGAUUGAUGAGUUGCCAUCGGAUGAUGAAUGGCUUGUGGGUGAAAAUGGUGAAGAUGAUCCCCAUCCAAGUGUAGAUGAUUUUGAUGUUGAUGUUUUUGAGGGAGAGCCAUCACAAGCAACUAAAUCAAUUGCCUCCUUAAGCAAGAAUGCUAGUGCUAGUGCUAGUAAGGGAAAGGAAAAGUUGAGGCUAAUUGAUGAAGAUGAAGAAGAAUGGGAAGAUAUUGAUCACCAUGGUGGAAGUGGAAAUAAGGAUGAUGAGGCUAGAGAAUACAAUGAAUUUUUAGAUGAAGUUUCAUUGUGA